ACGAGGCAACCCGCUGCAUGAGGUAGAGCUCCAGUCAGACAGCUGCAGGCAGAGGGAACACUGCGCCAGAAGAACAAUGGGAGUAGACGUCGAAGUCAUAAAACCGGGGGAUGGGCAGAAUUACCCGAAGAAGGGACAUAAGGUUACGGUGCACUACGUCGGAACGCUGCCGGAUGGAAGGAAGUUUGAUUCCUCCAGGGACCGGGGAGAGCCCUUCGAGUUCAGACUGGGAGAAGGAGAAGUGAUCCGUGGCUGGGAUGAAGGUGUAGCUAGGAUGAGCUGCGGGGAGUUGGCCAGGUUGACCUGCUCACCGGACUACGCGUAUGGCGCCCGCGGAUACCCACCCAUCAUCCCCGCAAAUGCAACUCUCAUCUUUGAAGUGGAGCUUCUGAAAUUUUAAGUGUUUAAAUUUAAGGUUGCUCUUCUCAGUUGUUUUCAUUCCACCCACAUCUCCAGCACAAAUAACCAUUCAGUUAAAGUUGCUGUCAGAAGCAUUGAUAGACAUGAAUUAAUCCUAGUACAAAUAAUUCUGAUACCUUGAUUUAAUUUAGGAGCAUCACAAACAAUGAAAACCAUGCUCACGCCAGUCAUAUUGUUGGUGCUAAGAUGAGGCUCAGGUCUUUAAAGGAGUUCUACAAUGUUUUGGGGUACACGGUUUCUCUUGAGAAUCAGAUGAGAAGAUUGAUAAUAUGCCCACCAGCACUUCUGUGUCUCAUUAAUGCAUUCUAUAUUUUUUGCUUAAUUCAUCCAAAAAAGAAAGUGCACAGACAACACAGGUAGGCAAGCAGCCUGUUGGAGUUAUUAUUCCACAGGAGCGGCUGUACCGUAAUAUUUUCAGUCAGUACUACUGAUCACAGACACGAGCAGUAUCAAUCUUAUCAUCUUGCUUUCUGUAAGAAAUCAUUCCCAAAAUAUUAUUCUUGUAAAAGUCCAGCAAAUGUAAUGUUUUAAAUCACAGUGUCGGGUCAUAUAAAAGAUAAAUGAAUAUGAUUUUUUUAAGCUAGUCAGGGCUUUUCAAAACUAUUUCUCAUCAACUGAGUCAGUCAUGCAGUGCAGCUUUGGUUGAGGAUUUAUUUUGCCUUCAUUCUUGCACUUGCCUGUUAAUGUUUACACAGCAGAAAGGGCACAUAAUAAAGUAGGAGGGGGAAAAAAACGAGAACAUCAAGAAAAACUAAACCACUGGCACUAAAUGCAUGUUGGACCCUAGUCUUAUCAGCAAACCUGUGUUUAUUCCAGUGUUUUAAGUAGAGUGGUAAUAAUUCUUAGUGUAAAAAAUGCACAUGUAACACCCUUAGUAAAAAGCUUCUGUUUCUUUUGGCAUACCAUUAUUCCUGCAAGAGAUUCAUUUAGUUAAUAGCUCAAACAAAUACUUGGUAUAUCUGGAAACAACUGUGUGUGAUUUAAUUGUUUUUUUUUUCCGGAGUUGUGUUGCCUUUUGUAGUAUUGGGAUCAGAUUUUGACACCUGUGCUCCUUAAACUAUCCUCUUGGGCCAUUACUGGCUGUGACAGUGGAGCUGGUAUAAUUUUCACCUUGUGAGUCUAUCCAUCUUUGGUGUUAUGACAUGUGGUCCUGGAGACAUUUACUUUAGCAAGAACCAACACAAAGACAGCUUCGACUACUCGGCCAUGUGUGCCUGUGGACAGAGUUGGUCAAGACGAUGCCACAACAAUCGUCAUUUUGAUCACAACCACACAACCUGUAAUCUUUUAUGACUGCAUCUUGUACAGUUAUUGUGUGGACAAAAUCUGACAUACAAACACCUGACGAAGUGUUUAGAACUGCCUAUGCGAUAGUUCUCCCUACAAUAGGUGUCUCUAGUAUGGCAGUUUGGAAUGGUGACAUACACAAUCUCACAAGGUGAAACUAGAUCAUCUGAAUGGGAUCACACCAAUUCAGCACCUAUCAACGUGUACCCAUGUAAUAGCAGUUAUUACGUUUACUACAUUGUACUAAAUGUAAUUGCUAUACAAGUACACAAGGGUCAGACAACACCCAGCAUCAAAUGUGGCCUUUUUUUUACAUCCCAUGUACAGACCUGUAAAGUUUUGCAGCUGUAUCCCGCAUGCAACAAAAUGAACACCUGUCCAGACGGCCUUGGUGGUGGUUCUUACUACACUAACUGUCUCACUAGCUGAAAACAACAGUAGCUACGCUCUCUCAGUUGGUAAUGGUGUGUUGGUGGGCAUCACAGCUGGUGUGAUCCCAUCUCAAGAUGAUCUCUAGUUUGGUUCGGCCUGAAGUGUCCUUGUGUUAUGUCAUAACUCGAACCUUUUUUUUUUCCACUAUCAUCCCUUAGAAAUCAUGUUAUCUGUGGGUAUUGCAUUCAGGCAUUAAAAACAGUACACUGUACAAA